CGCGCAGCGGGUGAUUGACGUCAUCGGAGUGGAGCCGACGCAGAGAGACUCCUGGAAACAGCAGAGCAGCGGGCAAGUGCGCCAGUAGCAACAGCAUCUUUACGGUGUAACGGAAAAGCGGCCGAAAUCCGCAGCGGGGAGCGUGCAUUUUCGACCCCCAGUUUGAUCGUCUCCCUCUUAAAAGAGUCCUCCCCUUGGGUGCUGCAAAGAUGGCCACCUCAUCCGCCUCCUCAAACGUGGAAGAAGACGAGAGCUUGAAAGGAUGCGAACUUUAUGUGCAGAAACACAACAUCCAGCAGAUCCUGAAGGAGUGCAUUGUGAACCUUUGCAUCGCCAAGCCUGACCGGCCAAUGAAAUUUCUGCGAGAGCAUUUCGACAAACUGGAAAAGGAAGAAUGCAAACAAAUCUUGGCGCGUCAGAAGUCCAACUCCCAGUCGGAUUCGCAUGAUGAUGAAAUCUCCCCACCGCCACCCAACCCAGUGGUCAAAGCCCGGCGUCGCCGAGGUGGCGUCAGUGCCGAAGUGUACACUGAAGAGGACGCCGUCUCCUAUGUGAGGAAGGUGAUACCGAAGGACUACAAGACCAUGACGGCCUUGGCGAAAGCCAUUUCCAAGAAUGUACUUUUCGCACACCUCGAUGACAAUGAAAGAAGUGACAUAUUUGACGCCAUGUUUCCAGUCACACACAUCGCAGGAGAAACCGUCAUUCAGCAGGGCGAUGAAGGAGACAACUUCUACGUCAUUGACCAAGGAGAAGUAGACGUCUACGUCAACGGAGAGUGGGUGACCAGCAUCGGGGAAGGGGGCAGUUUUGGAGAACUCGCCUUGAUCUACGGGACCCCACGGGCUGCAACUGUCAAGGCCAAGACGGACCUCAAGCUGUGGGGGAUCGACCGGGACAGCUACCGACGCAUCCUGAUGGGAAGCACGCUGAGGAAGAGGAAGAUGAUUGAGGAAUUCCUAAGCAAGGUCUCCAUUUUGGAAUCCCUGGAUAAGUGGGAGCGCCUGACGGUGGCCGAUGCGUUAGAACCCGUGCAGUUUGAAGACGGGGAGAAGAUUGUGGUGCAGGGAGAGCCGGGAGACGACUUCUUCAUCAUCACUGAGGGCACCGCGUCUGUGCUGCAGCGCCGGUCAGACAACGAGGAGUACGUGGAGGUCGGCAGACUCGGACCAUCGGACUACUUUGGUGAGAUCGCCUUACUGCUGAACAGACCCCGGGCGGCGACGGUGGUGGCGCGGGGACCCCUGAAGUGCGUGAAGCUGGACCGGCCGCGCUUUGAGCGGGUGCUCGGCCCGUGCUCGGAGAUCCUGAAGAGGAACAUCCAGAGAUACAACAGCUUCAUCUCCCUCACCGUCUAAAGGCGGGCGGGCGCCUGUCGUGCGUGGACGGCUGCCUUCGUGUUAUCUGUGCACUUGACUCUGACUGUGCUGUCGCGUAGCUUUAUGACCAAACGACGUGUGCAUCCUUUGUGCGCUGUUGGUGUGUCGGGAACGUCCGAUGCACUCGAGGCUCGGGGUCUUCGUGACGAGGUGAGCUGCACACGGAUCGCCAAACCCGCGGUCCGAGGAUGUACUCGGCUUUGGCGCUGCCCACUUCACCCGCCCUGCUUUGUCCCCUCAUAGUUUGUAGCUCUGCCCCACGCGGUUUUCGACGGGUUUCUGGCACGCUGUCUCGCUUUCACCGUCAGAGAGGGCAGGAGACCAUCUGAGAGGACUGUCUCUAGGGGGGCAACUCGGCCACUUGCUGUAAGCGUCACGAUGCCCUCGACGGCGGUCUGUUUAGCAUUUCAGAAA